AUGGCCGGUCGGCGACGACUGCAAGGGGAACCAGCACCUAAUUAUGAUGGCAAGGUGGAUUGGUUUGACCAUAUCAAAGUGCAGUACUGGCGUUUUUCUAGAAUUGAUGAGAUCAAGUUGAUGCUAGAUUAUGGACUUGAGAAUGUCAACGUUCACUGGUUGUUUCCUGGGAUGGAUUUGGCUACUGGUUUGCGAAUUGUAGACUCAGAUAGAGAAACACUCAUCAUGAAGCAAGUUGCAUAUAAGGUUAAAAACUUUGUGCUGUACUUUGAUCAGUACAAUUCACUUGAUGACAACACCUGGGAAGACAUUGUGUUGAAUCCAGUUGGUACACUACCCAAAGUGUUGAGUCCCAGGAAGGUGGCACCUGAAAGAGAUGAUGAUGUGGGCAGUGAAGGCAGUGACAAGGAUGGCAGUACAGAUGGGGAAUUUGUAGACAGUGACUAUGAAGUUGAUGAUGAUGACGAUGACCUAUUUUAUGACAAUGUUGAUGAUGGGGUGGUUGAUGAGGGUGCAACCAAGGGCAUGGUACUCAGCAAAGGGAAGAAGAGAAAUGCACCAUCUGGCAAACAGAACAUGGCAAUAGAUAGGGAAUGUGGUUGUAUUGACUCAACCACAUUGCUGUCAAUUGUUGUAAAAAAAUCCUGUCAAUUGUAUCACAUAUUUGUCAAUUAUAUUGAAUGA